UAUUCCCAGCGCAGUGGAUGGACCAUCAUCUUCGUCGUCAUCAAUCUUCAUGGUCGGAGAAUUCAAAAUUUUAACCUCUCAAAUUCUCAAUCAAUCCCUCUCCGCUACUCAUGUCGGUGAAUUCCCUCCGCCGCCUUGCCGCCAGCGCUGUCGUCAUUGCCGCCGCGUCCGGAGGCGCCGUUUACCUGACGCCGUCCGUCGCCUCCAGCGACAGAGGCGGUGGUCGAGGUUCAGUGUUGGACUCGCUUAAGCUUCGGAUUGGUGAUCCGAGCGCUACGGUCCCUUCGCGAUCCGUCCAGGAGUCGGGUCUGAUUGGAGCGAGCUUCUCUAAUCCGCUCGACAUUCUCGUCAUCGGCGGCGGAGCCACCGGUUGCGGAGUGGCUCUCGACGCUAGUACUCGUGGUCUUCGUGUUGGUCUUGUCGAGCGAGAGGACUUCUCGUCCGGGACUUCUUCUCGGUCAACAAAGCUUAUCCAUGGAGGGGUUCGGUAUCUGGAAAAAGCUGUUUUUAAUCUUGAUUACGGACAGCUGAAGCUAGUUUUUCACGCGCUUGAGGAGCGUAAGCAGGUCAUUGACAAUGCACCACAUCUUUGUCAUGCUCUGCCCUGUAUGACACCUUGUUUUGACUGGUUCGAGGUAAUCUACUACUGGAUGGGAUUGAAGUUUUAUGACUUGGUCGCAGGAGCACGUUUAUUGCAUUUGUCCAGAUAUUACUCUGCACAAGAGUCGGUCGAGCUCUUCCCCACUCUUGCGAGGAAAGGCAGAGACAAGAGUUUGAAGGGAACUGUCGUAUACUAUGAUGGGCAAAUGAAUGAUUCGCGUCUUAAUGUGGGUUUGGCGUGUACUGCAGCAUUGGCUGGUGCUGUGGUGCUCAAUCAUGCUGAGGUUGUUUCCCUUAUAAAGGAUGAUGUGACUCAGAGGGUAAUCGGUGCACGGAUUCAUAACAAUUUAUCAGGACAAGAGUUUGACACCUACGCAAAAGUAGUUGUGAAUGCGGCAGGACCCUUUUGCGACACGGUAAGGAAGAUGGCUGAUAAAGAGGCAAAACCAAUGAUAUGUCCAAGCAGUGGUGUACACAUUGUGUUACCUGAUUACUAUUCUCCUGAAGGAAUGGGAUUGAUAGUUCCUAAAACUAAGGAUGGCCGUGUUGUCUUCAUGUUACCGUGGUUGGGAAGAACUGUAGCAGGAACUACAGACUCUAACACCGAGAUCACUUUGCUUCCAGAACCUCAUGAAGAUGAAAUUCAAUUCAUUCUGGAUGCAAUUUGUGACUACCUCAACAUCAAGGUUCGACGCAGUGAUGUUCUUUCUGCUUGGAGUGGGAUACGUCCAUUGGCCAUGGACCCGUCAGCAAAGAGCACGGAGAGUAUCUCCAGAGAUCAUGUAGUCACUGAGGAUUGUCCUGGUUUAGUUACAAUCACAGGUGGAAAGUGGACUACAUAUCGAAGCAUGGCAGAAGAUGCGGUUGAUGCAGCGAUCAAAUCCGGAAAACUGAAUCCGACCAACGGUUGUGUAACCCAGAGACUACAGCUAGUGGGUGCUUAUGGAUGGGAGCCGUCGUCAUUCACAGUUCUCGCCCAACAAUACGUGCGUAUGAAGAGAACCUACGGUGGUAAAGUCGUCCCAGGGGCGAUGGACACCGCUGCGGCAAAACAUCUAUCUCAUGCUUAUGGCACAAUGGCGGAACGAGUCGCUGCCAUAGCUCAGGACGAGGGCCUCGGGAAACGGCUGGCUCACGGGUACCCGUUCCUAGAAGCGGAGGUUGCGUAUUGCGCAAGGCACGAAUUAUGCGAAUCGGCGGUAGAUUUCAUAGCGAGGAGGUGUCGGAUAGCGUUUCUAGACACAGACGCGGCAGGGAAGGCGCUGCCUAGGGUGAUAGAGAUACUGUCGGCCGAACACAAAUGGGACAAGUCGAGGCAGAAACACGAGUUGCGAAAGGCCAGAGAGUUUCUCCAGACUUUCAAGUCUUCCAAGAACGCUCGGUUCCAUGACGGCAAACACUAAAAAGCAGCCUCGGUGGAUGACAAGCUCGUCAUCGAUCCCAAACGUUUGAACUCAAAAUGGGAUAACUCAAAUUCUUGAAUAUUUGAUAACACGAUUAUGUGUAUGUGCACAAUCUCACGUAUAUACAUUUGUUAUCUAUAUAGGUCACAGCUAGGUUGGAACA